CAGCGCUGAGACCAGGCGACGAGCCCGAAGAGACCUUGGACUGUGAGGCCCAUUCAAGCCAAGCGUUGUCUCCUCCUCACACCAUGAGCUCCAGCGUGGCCCCGCUCCUCCUGCUGCUCGUGGCCGGCCUGACCGGCUCCGAGGCGCAGCUGAGGCUCUACGACCUCCGCGCCAGCGACCUUCCCUCCAACCUCCUGGGCACCACAGACGGAUACGUCAAGGUCUUCUGUGCGUCUGCCGACCUCGGCAAAACCUCCGUGAGGAACAACGACAUCAACCCCUGGUGGGAGGAGGAGUUCUCCUACUUCCAGGCGCAGAAGAACGACGUCCUGCGCCUGGAGGUGAUGGACAGCGACUACCUGGUGGACGACCAGGUGGGGGUCUGCCAGAGGCAGCUGCAGGUGGGCACCCAUCAGCACGAGUGCUACCUGGAGAAAGGAGGCACCCUUUAUUACACCUACACUCUGAGUGGCAACUGACCCUUGGUCUUCAAGGUCACCGAUGCACACAGUUGAGUUGGUCAUGGCUGUAAAAUAAACUUACUGUUCUGAUCAAAAGUCAUUUCAAA